AUGAAAAUAAUAAUAAUUUUUAAUUAUUUGAAUGUCUAACACACACUUAAAUUAUAAGAUCUCUCAUCAAUUCUGCAUUUUUUUAGUUGUUCAAGUGAGAGAAAUGGGGAGACUGUUUGUUGUGAUUUUGGAGGGGACAAUCUACAGCUGCAAGCACUGCGGAACACAUCUCGCUCUCUCUGAUCACAUAGAAUCAAAGGCAUUCCAGUGCAAACAUGGGAAGGCUUACCUUUUCAGACAAGUAGUUAAUGUUAAUCGUGGGAAGAAUGAAGAUAGAACGAUGACGACUGGAUUGCAUACCGUUGCAGACAUUUUCUGUGUCGGUUGUGGGUCAAACGUGGGCUGGAAAUAUGAAGUUGCACAUGAAAAAGGUCAGAAGUACAAGGAAGGGAAAUUCGUCCUUGAGAGGUAUAAGAUUUCCGGGCCGGAUGAAAGCAACUAUUGGAUCAGUCAUGAAGCACAACCCGGGGGAAGUGAUGCUGAUGAUGAGUGAUCUUUCGCCUUUUAGAUCCCUUUCCAUAUCCGGCCCCAAAACUUGUAUUCCAUAUCCGGCCCCAAAACUUGUACAUACAAUCUCUCUUUAUCUCGCGAGCUUUCCAUAUAACUUCUAGGAUUCUUGAAUAAGUAUUUGUAAGUCAUUUGAUUGCCCUUUAGCACUUGCCAAGAAGCAUCUUGUAUGGAAACUGUGCAAUCUAUGCACAUGCCGUGAGCUUUGUUCUAUAAACUUGUUCAAAGUGUUGCCCCCGGGGCAUAGCUCAAAGUAGAAGACCCAAAGUGGUGGGUAACAGAAGCGCUUUUGGCGGGCGAGUAGCUCAAACUUUUGACACCACUCAUGACACAAAACUUGACACUGAUAUGAUGCCUAACAAACACGCACAAAUAUUGAUUAUUUGUGCGCCUUUGUGAGACGAUGUCAAACUUGGCGUUGUGAGUGUUGUUACUAUAGCUUAGACUUUUUGCUAGUUUGUUGGGCAAUUAGGGUAUGUAAAAAAAAGCUAUUUGUACACUGUUUUUAACGCUACUUUUCUUACAUACAUUACAAACAUUUAACAUUGUUUUGUGUCUGUGAAUGUGUAAAAGAAAGUUAUUUUGAAAAA